AGUAGUAUUAUACAUGUCAAACAUGGCCGACAGAAUGCCGAACCACGUAACUGUUUGGAUGAAUUAUCUAAAAAAUGCCGUUAAUGAAGGAGAUUAUUCCGUUAUUGGCAUAUUAAUUGCAGUAUUUGUAGUUUUUCUAACGUUUUUAAUAUUCAGUGUGUUUAGACAGAGAGGCAACAAACGUAGGGGUGUUCUGUUGCUAGGAAGCUGUGAUGCUGGCAAGACAUUGCUCUACACGAGGCUGGUUUAUAGGAAAUACAAAGCUACAUUUACAUCUAUAUCAGCAAAUUCUGGAACAUACACUAUCCCAGAUACGGGUAAAACUUUAAGGAUAAUUGAUCUACCUGGCCAUGAAAGAGUGCGACUUCAAAUGCUGGAAACACACAAAGAUCUGACAAGGGCUAUCAUGUUUAUUGUGGAUAGCUCUAGUGUUCAGAAAGACAUCAAGGAUAUAGCAGAGUACCUUUACACAGUAUUAAGUGACAGCAAAAUCUCAAGUAUUUGUCCACCAGUACUCAUUGUGUGUAAUAAACAAGACUUAACCUUUUCUAAGGGGGCAAAGGUCAUUCAAAGUCAAUUGGAGAAAGAAAUCAACACUUUGCGAGUUACUAAAUCAGCCGCGUUACAAGACACAUCAGCGGGAAACAAUAACACAUAUCUCGGCAAGAGGGACAGAGAUUUUACAUUUGCUGAUCUUAAACCCAUGCAGGUGGACUUUGUUGAAUGUAGCGCUCAAGGGAAGAAUUCUGAAUCUGAACCGGACCUAGAACAGGUGGAAAAAUGGCUGGUGCGUGUAGCCUGAAUAAUAAAAUGUAUUGUUUGGUAGUUUUUGGUUGAAAAUGAUUUUGUGGAUGAUGGAAAUAUAAAGUAUUAGAUCUUACUAGCACAGAAACUUUGUAUGGAAUCUUGAUUUUAACAAACUGUUUUGAAACAUUUAAGUAGAAAAUAUAUAAAUGAAGUAGCAAAUAUUAUCUUGUUUAAGAUUUUUUUGUUGGAAUUAAUAUAUUUUUUUUAUACUGAAUAGCGUUUAGGUAUUGGAUUUUGUUAUUCCUGUGUGAAUUCAAAAAUGGUUGUUGAGACAGUUUUGGUAAUGGAUGUAAUAUGUAAAAUCUAGUCUGACAAUUAAAGUUGUACAGUCAGGUAGUGUCAGGUGAUUGUUAUGUACAUGUAUCUUAAUAUGUAUUAAAAUUAGUUUAACAAAUUGGCAUGAAACAAGAAGGAAAAUAUAUGUACAUUUAUUGUGUUAAUGACAUUUAAUAUUUUUGCAUUUUGGUUGACAUGUCGUUGUUUUAUGGAAUCUUUUGAAAUAAUGUAAUAAACCUUGAAUCAGUGAUGUUUUAGUAACAUAUUUUGUUAAAUUUUUAUCAUCAAUUAAAGCAUGUCAUUUUAUAGUGGUCAUCUCUUUUUAAGAACACAAACACUGUAGUUCAUGUUGCUAUUUAUUAAGUCAUUCAACUGGUUAUCAAUAACUUAAUUUCUUA